AUGUAUGGUCUAGGCACAAAAGAUUUAUACUCACUAAUUUCAAAUAAACAAAAGAUUGAAGAUUUGAUAAAAGUUGAACGUGAAAAUUCUUUGAAUGAAAGAAUUCAUCAACUACAGGAAUGUAUUAAAUAUUCAGAAGACCAUUGGAUUUUUCGAUAUUUUAAUGAUAGGAAUUUUGAAGGUGAAGCACAAAAAGAAGAGAUUGAAGGAAAUGAAAUCGUUCUUAUUGAAAAUAAACAAAUUUAA